AAAAACGUUUAUCUGAAACAUGUUAAACAAUAUUGUAAAAUAAACAAACAAUAACGAUUUUGAAAUAAUAACCAAAAUAUAUAUUUUAUUGGGUCCAGCCACGAAAAAAAUAAAAGCACAUCACUCAAUACCUUCUCAGCUGCGCAUUGAAGCUAAAGAAUAACACUUUGGAACAUUAACCAUCGCUUAUAAUAUGUACAUUGAACGUUAUGUUUUAGGCUUUUUUGGUUAUGUGUCAUGUCUUUGGUAUUGUUUUUAUCCGGAACCCAAAUAUACCUUCUGUUCAAGAACUGGAUGAAGAACCGGAUGAUCAUGACGUUAGACAAUCCUAAGUUCAGCGUGUGGCACUUUCCGUUCCCGGCGAUAACGUUUUGCAGCGAUAUUCAACUGCAAGACCUCAACAACAGAACUUACAAAGACGAAAACCUUCCCAUUCACAAAGAGUUUGAAGAUACGAUCAAUAUGAUAUGCUACAGUUAUUAUCAACGUAACAAAAAUUGUUCGAUGAAGUAUAUAAAUUCAACAACUUGGCAGCACGUCAUUGAAAGACACGGGAUUACUUGUGAAGAGCGAAUGUUUAUGAUGUUUUGGCUUCAAGACGAAAUCAAAUCACCGUGCGACUACUUUCAACCGAUCAUAACACAAAACGGUCUUUGCUACUCGCUCAACAUGAUACCUUUUCAAUUGCUGUACAAACAAAAUUACUAUCAAACGUUUUCGUUUUUGAACCAUACUCAAGCGGAUAUCAUUUCGAAAAAAACCGAAAGCACUUGGACUCCAGACACAGGCUUUAAGGACAACGCGGUUCCGUUCGACACACCUUGGAGAGUUACCGGAGACACGAACAACGACGCGGUUAAAUUGAUAUUCAAAUUAAAAAUAAAGGACGACGGUGAAUAUUGUCCGCUGACUGAAUCCGGAUUAAUGAUAAUCAUACACAACCCGUCGGAUACACCGAUCGGCCUACAACCCUCGGCUUACACCACCGGCAAUCGUUUGCUGUCCAUAUCAAUGGCGAUCACAUACAAACCGACAUCCCGGUCGUUGGCAAAAUGGCCGCCCAACGUUCGGAACUGUUACUUUCAACACGAGAGAAGUUUGAAGUAUUUUAAAUUCUACACGGCCCACAACUGCGAAAUCGAAUGCAGGACUAACAAAACGCUUCAGAGGUGUGGAUGUGCUGCUUAUUAUCAGCCGAGAGAUCCCGACGUGCCGAUAUGCGGCACCGAGAAUUACCGUUGUUACAAAUUGUCUUCGACCAACGGGUUCUCUAUAUUUCACGAGAAUUUCGAUACGCCGGAUCCCAUCGACGAAGACUGCCAUUGUUUACCGGAUUGCACAGACUAUAGAUACGAUUACGACGUUGUGAAAAUAUUCAGGAACUGGACCACGAGCAAUUCGAAAUUAAAACAGAGUGAAGACGUAGCAGUGACAAAUAUAUAUUACAAAAGAAAGUCUGUAUUGGCCGCACAAAGAACUGCGUUGGUUCCAUUCAACGAACUUCUGGGUAACAUUGGAGGACUUCUGGGAUUAUUCCUCGGCUGUAGCAUAAUCAGCGUUUUUGAGAUAAUAUACUUUUUCGUAAUACGUUUGUACUUCGAUAGACAAAGUCAACAAAAAAUAAAACCCACCGUGGUUACAUGAAUCUUAAUUGUACACUCAAACAUUGUUUGCACAACUUUAUUCACCACAGUCCAUAUCCAUAGUGGUGGACAAUAUACUUGACUUUAUUUUUGUUGCACAUUUUAAACUCGAUUAGUAUCGAUUAUAUUUGUCAUAAAUAUUAUAUAAAAGGUUAUGCACAAAAUAAUACGUUUGCACACACAUAAUAUAAAAAAUUGUAAUAUCACAAACAUUAUAUAAAAUGACUCAACCCACUGAGAAGGGGUAAAGAAAUACACUCGUGAUCACUCACCAUGAUCAUCAGCACACCAGUUAGAGACUUGGGUUGUUCCAAAUUUAAAUUGUAAUUAGAAUGUGUUUAAAAUGUGUUUUAAACACCUAAAACAACACUGUAGUAUUAAAUGUGUUUGUAAAUGUU